AAGUAACUGGAAGUUUUACCGUCUUUGGGGAUUCUAUCCUAACGGCUCCGAUACUUACGGUCAGUAUAUUUAGGUGUUUUAUCACCCCCAGCACCAUCACCAAAAACCAUUUUUGAAACAAUUUGUAGCAUGUCCAAAAUUUGAUUGGAUGACGUCACUUGUGCAAGUCAGUGGAAUUGCCAUAAUUUGGUCUGUCAUGUUUUUUUUUUCUGACUUUUGAUCGAUUUUUGUUGGGACGUUUGACAAAAAGAGUUGGUUUUUUUAGUUAGCUGGUUGGAUUUUUAAGUGUAUUAACUGCGAUACUAAUGAAGAUAAAUGGCAUCACAGACCAAGGACCAGUUAGGCAUAUUUCCCAAAAUUCAGACUAUGUUGAGGUUGCAGAAAUAAUUGCUAAAAUUGGACUUAUUUUCUAACAAUUUUUGAUUCAAACAUUAAUAAAAAUACGUUAUUUCUUAAGAAGGAUGCUUAAUAUUUCAAUUUCGUUUGGUUUGGCAAUUUAUACGAAUCAAUAAUUAAUCUUUUGAAAUAUGCAAAAUGCUUCCGUUUGUUAUUAUAAGCAAAGUUACUCCAUAACCUUUGACACUGUUUGUCGACAUCGUAUAAUACCACCAUUGUUUUUGUUAUGUUCGUAGUGACCUUUUAAAAAGGUUGAAACUAGCUAUAAAAGUUUCUAAGCUAUAAGAGACGUUCCUUUUAAACUUUAAAAAAGACGGAGAGUAGUGAAAGAAUUCUAAGUGUUCCUUGUUGUUGUUCUCAAACGACGUUCAAGAUAGAAAAAGUGAUGAGUAUAUUUGUAAAACAAGCAUUUGUCUAUGAUCAUGUAGUUCUUGUUACUGUAAAUACCACAAGAAAUCUUUAUUUACAUUGCUUAGAGUUAGAAAUGCAAUUCCCUAUUAUACGCACGUCUUGAUUUUUCUACCCAAUGAAAAUCGAUACUUAAUACCAAAUUGACAACGGAUUAUAAUCUUAUUCAUUUUAAACAAUUUACUCGCUUCUCCUAUUUCUUCUUAACAGUUAACGGACUAUUUUUUCUCUAAGUAUGAAACUCGAACCGCAAAUUUGUCUCCAAUUAAUUGGUUAAGAUGAACAUAACCUUUUUCAAAUAAAAUAUAUUAUAAGACGUUUUUGAAAAUAAAAAGUGAAUUUGGUUUUCAGAUGCAACAUGUUAAUCCUAAAAUAUUAUUUGACUGUUCUGUCUUAGAUCAACGGCAUAUUUAACAAAAUUUAUAAGUAUUGGCAUAAAUUAAAAGUCGGUAGAGGUGGAAAUGCUAAAAACUUCCAGCGGUGAAUGAACAAUAUAUUUUUUUUAGAAAAAUAUGUCGAAAGGGAUUAGCUUCAACUUUGACAUGAAUGAGUCACCUGCAAUUGCCAAAGAUGUUGAGCAUGGUCCCAACCUGUUAAAAUUUUUACAUGAAUGUUGGAAGCAGCAAUUAUAUUGUGACGUGUCUGUGCGCAUGAAGAACAAAGUGUUUAAAACACAUCGAUUUGUUCUGGCUAUGAUUUCAGAUUAUUUUCGCGGAUUUCUUCAACAUGACGGAAAGGAGAUGGAAACUAUUGUGAUACCUGAUAUAACAUCAGACGAAAAUUUAUUUGAAACUAUCCUUACGUUUGCAUACACCUCAACUGUUAAUCUGGAAAAUAUUGAUAUACAGUCGUUAGCUGUAUGCUCAGAUUUUUUGGGAGUGGCACCCUUAAAAUACAUUUGUGAAAAAUCAAUGAUAGAGAAGAUAAACGAAGGUAAUUGUUUUCAAUUUCUUAGCUUUGCUUAUACCUACACAAUGUAUGAAUUGCUAAAGAAAUGUAAAAUGUUUUGGUGCUCAAAUUAUUCGGUUUUGAAAGAUUUUAAGCUUGUACCGCCUUGUUUGUUUCUGCAAAUUUUAUCAGACAACAAGCUAAAGCUUUACAAAAAAGACACAGAUGUUCAACCUUUGGAUUUUGAAAGCAGGGAAAAACUACUUUUUAAAACUGUUUUAAACUACAUAUCAGCGAACAUAGAAAAUGAGAUUACAGAUGAACUUCUCGAACUUUUAAAAGCAGUAAAACUGCCACAGCUCGAUUAUAAUUAUAUGAUGAAACAUGUCUCAAAGUAUAAAUCUCUCAAGAAUGAUAGAAAAAUUCAAGAUCUGUGCAAUCUUGCUGAGAUAUUUUCUCAAGAUGGAAUUGACGAUGUACCACAUUACUGGAAAAUUUCCAGAUUACCUGUUCAACAUUCAUUUACACUUAGUGAUCCACUUAGAAGUGGGGGAUUUUUAAUCGAACCCGAUUGUACUAGAUUUGGUGGAAAUGAAAUUGAACCACUUCUAAUAAUCCGAACAAUUAAAUUGUGGAUCCGUCGAUGGGAUGGACGUCCAGUGUUGGGCCGACUGACUGUGAUAUAUGAUGAUGGUACUGUUAUUGAAGGCGGAGAAUUGGAUGAUAAUUCAAGAAUGGAGGAGUUUCACGAGAUAAAUUUCGAAGAAGGAGAAGUUAUUACUAGAGUACUGUUGACUACUGGAUGGAGGAUGAUUAAUAAUAUAAUUUUCAAAACAAAUAAAAGCCGUUCAUUUGGACCAUAUGGUGCACCUUAUGAGGCUUGUAAUAUACGAUAUUGGAACGCACCAACGGAAAAAGCUUAUGUACACAGUUUUACUGGUUUAUCCGGAUUUGCCCAUGGUUGUAAUACAAUUAUAAAUUUGUCCUGUCGAUGGGUUUAUUUUAAGUAAGCCAGAAGGAACAAACGCUUUUUAUAUUUUCUAUGCCAUUAAAUUCUAAUAUUUUGAAUAUUUCCUUUAAAUAUUUAUUUCAUGAAUUGAAGGUAUCAUUUGCUUUAACUGCAGCGGUAAUCAAGUAGAGGUAAUUUUUUUCAAACUAUUAAGCGAAGAUGGUACAGUUGUAGCGCAUUUGACAUGUGGUUCAAGGUUCGCAAAUCGGGCUUAUUUUAAAUUUAGUUUGUCAGUUUAAUACUCAUAUGCUUGUCAAAUUUUGAAUAACUAGUCGUAUGCCCGUGGAAAUUUACAGCACCUCACUUGUCUGAAAAAUCGACGGAAAAUUCGCCGACCACUACUUACACCUACCGAUGUUGGCUAACAAACGAAAAGACGGGUAUUAUAAAAUGGACAAGUCACUAGACUGUCAAAAAUAUUUGUAGCUACAAGAUUUCGUGCGUGGUUAGCACGUUACAAACAGACAGACGGACGACGACUGUUAUAAUAGAAACUAGCAUAGUGACCUGGCGUUGAAAUUCAGAUUGAGUGUUUACACCGUGCUGCAGUUUCAGAGCGAAAAGAUUACAGCGAUAUUUCAGGAGCGAUUUUUUUCCCACAACCAGUCGCUUAACUUUUUUAUUUUAACAAAAGAUUUCAUGUUAAGGUUUAUAAAUUAUUUAGCGAUACCGGGUUAAUCACUUAGUGCAUGCGAACCACGUAAGAAAUUUGAGUAGCUUUUACAGCAGUGCACAAAGACGUAAUUACUUUCUCAACUUCAUUUACAACUUCAGUUUAAAUUACAAUCCAAGCAACCUUUUGUUUUAGGGAAAUAGUUCCCGCAACAUUCGGAGUCUUAUAUCCGUGUAGAGCACUUAUAUGUAAUGUGGUUUUUUAUAAAAUAAUAGCUUCAGUUUGACGAAAAACACAGUCUACUGUCCAGUUAACACAGUCAUCCAGCAAUUUUAUUUUGCACAAUGAGUUGUUGUUAUUGUUCUUUUUACUACUUACCCGGUAUAGCCCCAUCAGUUCUCAACCUUACUGUUAUCAAUGAGGGUCCUGUGAAGCGGGUCCUAGUGCAUUUAAAGCUCCCGUAUGAGCUAUGGAAGGCGUGCAAGUACAACAAACGCUCAACUAGACAACUGCCUAAGAUAUUAGUCCUAUUCUCAUGCUGAACAUUAACAGAAUGAAUUGAUUUACAAAUUUUAGUCUCUGUCAUAAAUCGGCCGGGGUUUGCACCCAAGACCUUUGGCACUGAAGGCGAACUCCAUCAGCCUGCGUUUUCGUCAAAGUUCCAAAUUUAAACGUCAGUUUACAACAAAACACAGCAUAUCCACAGGCCAUCUUUUUAAGAAAUUAACAAAAUAAUUUGUAAGCCAAAAUAAACCCUGUGCCACAGAUUAAUUUAAAUUGUAUGCGCAGAAUACGCUCCUGCAACCAAUGUUACAUUACCGCUAGGGAUACGCAUAGCAUUGCUCUAAGUUGCUUGCCUGCACACAAGCCGAUUAGCGGUCAAUAGAUGGCGUCAAAUGGGCAGACAACGCUACAGUGGGAACUUGAACCUGAAACCUUAUGAUUAUCAGCAAUCUGAAUGCGCUACCACUACACCAUCUCCGCCAAGGUAGCGUUUUUGUGUUCAACUUAUAGCUAGUCCUAAAGAGUAACUUUUUAUUAACUUCAUUUAGUUCAGAUGGCCAAACUCUCUACUUUUCACAUUUUGAGAUUUAUUUCUCAAUUAUCGAUAUCAAAAGAUAUGCAUCGGGAUUCGUUGUGGCGUAUUACUCAUGUUGGUGUGAUCUCAUGUUUCGUCAUAACGUAUGUCACUUCGUGUGGUAUUUCACUUUCAGGCGAAAUAGUUAUGCUUUUUUUACACGGAAUUACUAAUUUCGUGAAGCUUUUAUAUGAAUAUGUUUCACUUUCUUUCUAGUGGCUUUGGUCUUUCUACUGGGAAAAGCUAGCUAUUUUUUUUGUAAUUUUCUGUUAAUAAACGAUACAUUCUUAGCUAUAGAUUUAGCUAGCUAUCUAUACAUUUUAAGCAUGCUACGCUGUAUAAUCUAUUAUCUAUUUUGUAGUUUAAAUGGAUUCUGAUGAAAAUUUCAAAAAUCAAGUAAACUAACUACAUAAACAUAAAUUAUUACAUAAAACUCUUACACAACACAUAAUAUUUCUUCAUAAUCACAAAUGUAAAACUAACUUAAAAAUAGAGUGUAAAUUUUAGCACUAAACUAAAGGUUCUGUUUAUUUUACUGCACUUUAUUCAUGUGACUUGAAUUUCUUGUAAGCGCUACACGAAAUUAGUAAUUUCGUGUUAAAAAAAGCAUGAAAAUUUUGGCUACGAAGUGAAAUACGCCGCGAAGUGAAAUACGCCACGAAGUGAAAUACGCCGCGACGAACACAAAUACGACUCGACGAAACGUUAAACCACCCCGCAAAGAAAGAUACGACACGACAAAAUAUGUUUACGACGCGACGAAAACUAUACACGAAUAUUGUCCCAUAUAUAACUCCAUAGUUCAAGUACACCCGGCUUGUCUUUUGACACACAAGACAAAUUUUAUUUUAAUAAACAAUAGCUUAUGACGUUAUGAAAUAGCAUAAACACAAAGAACGAAAAUCAAACAUUAAUUGCUCUAGUAAUAAUAACAAGACGUAUGAUAUACGCAAACAACCUCGCCAAAAAAGUUUAUAAAAAGCUGAAGUUAGACACGACAUACUUUGCUAUUCGGAUAGGCAAUAAUAUUGAUAGAAAAUUUCUCAAAAUUUCAAUUUUCGUUAGGUCAGUCUGUAAACACGUCCUCGCGGGCGAGAUAGUAAAAAGAAAAAAAAAGUAAAAAUAGUUACCAAGAUGAGAUUCGAACACACGACUACUCCCGUGUCGGUGCUCAGAGAGGCAAAAAUUUCCAUUCUUGUAGGACACAUUUGCGUUUUAAUACAAGCUCACGAGCUUGUAAUAAGAAC